AUGAAAGCCAAGGUUUAUGUUAUUACACCAGGAGAGGUAGACUUGGAAGCUAACGAGACAGCAUAUGCGACAGUGAUUACUGGUAAGGUUAAAUUGAAGCAGUACAUGGCGUGUGCUCUGUUUGAUUCUGGAGCAUCAAGAUCCUUUAUCUCUAGUAGUUGUGUGCAACGAUGUGAACUCGAGGCAGAGCUAAUGUCUCAAAAAGUAUUAGUAGCUAUUCCAAACGGGAAGGCACUAUGCAAAGAUAGACUGUCGAAGGCGGGAAAUAGUAUUCAAUCUCCUGCUAAAGAAAGAAUCUGUUAUAUAGGUGAGACUGUUCAGUUGGAUCCAUCAAUGGUAACGGCUGGACAAGUCAGGAAGGGUUUAAUGAGUGGGGAUGUCGUUUAUCUAGUGAUGAUGACAAAUGUAAGAAAGGAACCUAAGGGGAUCCAAGGAAUCCCUGUGAUUGAGGAUUUUCCUAGGGUUUUUGCCGAUGAUUUGCCUGGGCUACCCCCGAACAUAGAAACGGAAUUUGCAAUUGAGCUUGAACUGGCCAUAGCCCCAGUCCAUAAGGCACCUUACUGA